UGCCCAGGGAAUGUCCAGCCCAGGCAUAAAGGUCCCGGUAUCCAUGGGCUUCUGUCAGUCAGGAGGCCACACCGUGCACAAUGAACUCCUCUCGGGCACCCGGGAUGGGGCGUGUGGGAGGGCACGGGCUGAUGGCAUUGCUGCUGGCCAGUUUCAUUCUUCCAGGAACCUUGGCUAAGAGCAUUGGGACCCUCUCAGACCCCUGUAAGGACCCUACCAGGAUCACCUCCCCCAACGACCCUUGUCUCAUCGGAAAGACUGGCUCCAACAGCAUCAGCAGCCAUGGCGGAUCCAGCAGCUCCCAGGGAGGUUCUUCAAAAUCUCUGAUAUUUAAACCAGGAACAGGGUCUUCCCAGAUCUCCUAUUCCUCUGGGUCUGGCUCCUUCCAGUCAGGAAGCAGCAGCAGCGGCUCUCAGUCAGGAGGCAGUAGAUUUCAGUCAGGAAGCAGCGGAUCUCAAUCAGGAAGUAGCAGCUCUCAGUCAGGAAGCAGCAGUUCCAGAUGGGUAAGCAGCAGUUCUCAGUCUGGAAGCUCAGGAAGCAGCCGGGAGGGACCAGGAAGUGGCUCCGCUCUACCAACCGAUGACAAUUCUUCCCGCCAGAUCUCAGGCUCCUCCCAGUCUGGAGGCUCUUACUCUUCCCAGAGCUCUGUGGUAUCUAGCAGCAUUUCCAACCAGCCUCCCUGUAGCUCCAAUGUGCCUGACUCUCCCUGCAGCGGGGGUCCUGUCAUCACACACUCGGGGCCUUACAUCUCCAGCUCCCACACCGUGUCAGGUGGGCAGAGGCCUGUGGUGGUAGUUGUGGAGCAGCAUGGCUCUGGUGGUCCUGGAGGGGUUCAAGGCAUGCCCUGUAGCAAUGGUGGCCCCUCGGGCAAGCCCUGUCCUCCCAUUACCUCUGUCCAGAAACCCUAUGGUGGGUAUGAGGUGGUGGGUGGCUCUGCCAACAGUUAUCUGGCCCCAGGCAUGACCUACAGUGGGGGUAAAAUCUACCCCGUGGGCUACUUCACCAAGGACAACCCUGUCAAGGGCUCUCCAGGGGUGCCCUCCUUUGCAGCUGGGCCCCCAGUCUCUGAGGGCAAGUACUUCUCCAGCAACCCCAUCAUCCCCAGCUACAGCUCUUCCAGUUCUAGUGCCUACCCAUCCUCGGGCAUUGUGUUCCAGCCCGUGGGCAAUGGCGGAGUCCAGCCCUGUGGCAUCGGCUCUAAGGGGCCUUGCUCUGGUUCGAGAAUCCAGAUCACUUCCAGUAGCUCCAGUACCUCCUUCCAGCCCUGCGGCAGCGGCGUUGCUUCCCAGGGGCCCUGCUCACCACCAGGCACCGGCUCCAUCUCCAUCGGUGGAGGAAGCUCCUCCCUCUCCACUGGCAAAAUUAUCCUCCAGCCCUGUGGCAGCAAGUCUAUCUCUUCCGGCUACCCCUGCCUUUCUCCUUCUUCCUCCACAUUGAAUGGAGGUCUGAAUGGCUUUCCCCAGCGUGUCCCCACCGUGAUCGCCAAGCCCUGUGGCCUCAACAGCCCUGGGAGGAUGCCCUGCCGUUCCAUCCGGGACAUUCUGGCUCAGGUGAAGCCUCUGGGGCCCCAGUUAGCAGAUCCUCAAGUCUUUCUGCCGCAGGGAGAGCCACUUGACAAGCCUUAAGUCACCCACGCCA